GGUUAGUUGAAUCCAAAAGCCCGAAACCAUAACCCGACCCGAUUUACUUCAAAUAUUUUCAAUUCUAUGCUAUAUGCUGAAACCUAGCACCAGCAGCCGUAACUCUCCCACACCCCAACUAUCCGUCGUCUCUCUCCGUCUCCGGCGCCGGUGUUAAUCUCCAAUACAAUCCGCCUCAAACCAUGAGGAAGAAGCAAAAUGGGUUUAGAAGGCCUGUUAUCAUAAAAAACAAGAGGAAUCAUAAGCAACCAGAGUCACAGCCAAGUGUUGAUCCCAUUACGGGUAAGAAGAUACCGAAAAGUUUUGUUUUUGCACGAGGGAAGUUGCCUGUUCCUCUUAAACAGCUUCAGAUGGACCUUAGGAAGUUGAUGCUUCCAUAUACUGCCCUCAGUCUCAAGGAAAAGAAACGGAAUAGUCUGAGAGACUUUUUGAACGUUGCUGGACCAAUGGGUGUUACACAUUUUCUCAUAUUGUCAAAAACUGCAUCUGCGCCUUACUUGAGGGUUGCAACUACGCCACAAGGACCUACUCUUACAUUUAAGAUACAAGAAUACGCAUUGGCUGCGGAUAUUGCUCGAUCUCAAUUGCAUCCCCGAUGCCCUAAAGAUCUAUUUAAAAAUUCUGCAUUGAUUGUGCUUUCUGGAUUUGUCAGUGGAGAUUUGCCUCUACGGCUUACAACUAACAUGUUCCAGAAUAUUUUUCCAACAAUUGAUGUUAAAACUGUUAAACUCGCUUCUUGCCAAAGAAUUGUGUUACUUAAUUACAACAAAGACACCAAGCUCAUUGAUUUCCGGCAUUAUUCGAUUAGAUUACAACCUAUAGGUGUUUCACGGAGAAUUAGAAAACUUGUUCAAAGCCAUCAGGUUCCUGAUCUAAGGAAUCUUCAAGACGUUAGUGAUUUUGUCACAAAGGCUGGCUAUGGAUCAGAAAGUGAAGCAGACGAAGAAGCAGCAACAGUGACUUUGUCUAGUAACAUUGGUAGAGUUAACCGUGCUUCUACAAAAAGUGCUGUAAGACUUCAAGAGAUUGGUCCAAGGAUGACUCUUCAACUCGUUAGGAUUGAGAAGGGAUUGUGUUCGGGUGAAGUCCUCUUCAGCGAAACUGUGUCAGGAAAGGCCGGUGACAAAGGAAAAACUGAUAAUGAGAUCGACAAUAAUGACGAGGAUUCAGAAGAUGGUGAAGAUGAAGAUGGAGAAGAUCCAGAGGAUAAUGAAAACGAUGAAGAACUUGAUUAGGAUCAUAGUAACAAUCCGUAACACUGCAAAAAUGAAAGGUACCACCGGAAAAUUUGUUUUUCAUUCUGGUGGCGGCAACAUACAAUUAAUUUGUUCCUGUUAAAUCAUUACAAAUUUUGAGUAAGCUAUAUGACUUUUCUUUUCCGCCGAAA